AUGUCGACGUACUACAAUUCGUUCGAUUUUCUCAACGAUUUUCAAAAAAGCGGCAAGAUUAUAUUAAAAAUUCGCGAUACCCGAAUGUCGGAAUCGGACAUCAAAUGUGCCACCAUUUGCGGAGUCAAUUGGCGUCUUUCCACCGAGCCGAUGGAUUUUUUUAACGACGACGGCGACAAGUCGUUCAGCAUUUCUCUUGAUUGCUCCACUCCGCAUUUGAUUCGCUGCGAGACCCACAUCGAGUUCAACUUUUACUUGCAAUUCUUCAACGAAGUACAACAGAUUGGGAAUUCCUACCACACCAGUUUCACAUUUUCCGAGGAAAGCCCAACACUUGAUGUGCCCGAUUUCGCCGGCGCGCCAUAUGAAUUUGAAAGAUACGACGUGACGGCGAUUUUGGAGGCUCAUAUCAAAAUUGUCUCGUUUUCUGGAACGCCGAUAGAGAAACCAGUCAAUCCACUAGACAAUUUAAUCGAUUUCCAUUUCGAAUUUGACGGAAAAUUGCUGGCGACAAAUAAAACUUUACUUGCUUUUUAUUCGCCAAUUUUGAAACAAUUGGUUUCAAAUGCUUCGAACAAUGUGCUGAAAAUUGAAGAUGCUACGAUCGAAGAGGUCGCCGCGUUCCAGAAUAUUCUAUUAAAUAUCGCAUCUAGCCUAAAUGACGAAACGGUUGGAGGUGUUCUGAAACUCGGCGCGAAAUUCGAAAUAAUGAAGGUGAUGCGAAUUUGCGAGAAAUUUUUGAUCUAUUCGAGCAAUUUGACGGGAUUCGAAAAACUCAAUCUCGCGAAAAUCGUUCUCGCGAAUGCCAAAAACUGCGACGAUUAUCGAGACAUUUGUAAACUGGCAGUGGAAAAUUCCGAGCUUGACAGAAUAGCACUUGAUUUUUGGGCCAAACCGAAUGUCCUUUUCAUAUAUCCGGAUCUUGUAACCACUGACAUCAAAAUUGUCUGGAAAGAAUACCUAUUAACUGAUAAUUGUGAUCUAACCCGGUGCGAAAAUGAGCUGAGUUUGUAUCGAAAAGCGCAAUUAGUUAAAAUUCGCGGUGCGUAUGAUGAAAGGGAAAUCGUUAUCUUCUAUUCUCUAACUGAUUUCAAUUUGGCGGCGAACGUGCUCAACGGCGGAUGCGAUCAAAUUCUGAGCGAGUUGACCGAUGAGUUGAUAAUCGCUCGAUUUAAGUCGUUUCCCUACAUGAUCAGUCGGUGCUUCCAAGUGAUGCGAUUCGCCAAGGGAAUUUCGAGUCGAUACGAAUUGGAGAUCGCCAAACAGGAAUUUUUCGGCCUCGACGUGAUCUACAUGACAUUUGACGAACUACGCGAAUAUUUCUAUCAAUUGAGAAGAAUUCUAUUCGAUAUGAUUAUGAAUAGCAAAUUGACAUUUGAAAAAACGGAAUUGGGCGAGAGGCUCACUUCUAUGGAUAUGCUCACACUGAACGAUCUCAAUUACGAAUAUGAGAAGAAUUAUAAUAAGCUCGAUCAUCUCAUCAAACAGUUUCUAUUCAAUUACAAGGACUCGACGUUUGGUUAUGCUAGCAUAACCCGACAUAAGCUGUUGCGCAUUCUCGAGCUAUUCUUCGAUAUGACGCACGAUACCGAAUGGUUUGACGGCAACGUGGAUUUAUUGUAUCUGGUGAACAAUCACGGAUAUGCGUUCAAUUUCAAUAUAACAUUAGGCUUUCCAUAUGUGUAUGUUGAUUUUUUGAUGGCAAUUGACAAAAAUACGGACGGCGCAUUAUUCUAUAUGGCUCGUGAGCUCGCGCGCAGCGUUAUUAUGCGAUUGAACCCUAAUUGGAGGACCUAUCGAAAAUUGGUGGCGAACGCGAGAAAAUGUGUGGAAUUGUAUCAUAGGAAUGACGAGAAAUCGAAAACGAGCAAUGCGAGCUAUCGUGAAGGAUUGAUUGAUAUUGUCGCGUAUGAGAUGAUGAGAAUUUUGCGCUCGCGAAACAAUGAGCAAUUCGAUGGGAUGAUGUUCGCCAGAAAUAUUAUCAUGUCGUUUUGCCAUGGACGAUUGGGCGACGUCGAAGAGACGAAAGCGAGGCGGCGAACGCUAAUCAGCCAAUAUCCCGAUGAUUUUGUCAAUUAUACGUGCAUCGAGCCGCCGGAAAUUGCCAAUUAUAAGUGCAAUUUGUUCGAUGAUGAUCAUACGCCUGAUGGUUAUCUCGUUAAUGCCAAAUUUGACGAAUUAUUCGAUAAUUCCUUCGGCUAA